AUGGAGAGAUCUCCGUUGGGACAGCUGGGCAAGCUGCCCUACGAAAUCCGACUGGAGAUCUACGAGAAACUUUUUGCAAAGAAGACACCCCUGACGAUUCUUCGCUGCUCACGAGCAAUCCACGGAGAAAUAACCAAACGCCUCUAUGACACACUCAACAUACAUCUAACUCCGGUGUUCAACGACCCCUGGAUCGAGGUUCGCUGCAAACGAUUGCGAUUGCGAUGGACCAUACCCAACCAUUCCUGGAUUGCCCAGGCUCGAUUCUCAUGGAUACCAUACCACAAGGUGAAUCUGGUGAUUCAUAUCUACGCACCCGACCCACGCAACCCUGGCCAAAUAGCUCUGCUCUGGCAAAAGGUUCAAUACUUGGUGUAUAUUCUUCAGAACCGUGCUGUUGCUUCCAUAGUUAUUCGAUUGCGAGAGCAUCAAGGUCGCGACUGGCAAGAGGAAGGUCACGUGGUGGAGAGCAUCCCUUAUCCAAACAAAUGUCGUCCUGAUCAUCACAUUGUUUUCCUGCCCUUCUGUCGCUUAAUCAGUGUUGGUUCCUUCCGGGUGCUUCCAGAUACUCGGCGCAUGGACCGUGUCACUGACUGGGGUCUCAUAAACUACGGUCGGGACUUCAUCCUGAACAAUGGUUACCGGAACUAUAACGAUGGUCCUCUCAGCCAGGACCGGCAGUACCGGGAUAUUGUCCGAGACUUUGAUAAUAUUGACGGCCUGAUUCGAGAUACCGACUUUUUCCUAGAAACACGCCUGGACACUAUGCGUGGUAAUACCGCAGCAAUGCUUCGCCUUGAUCGAGUCGCCCACUGGCCUCUGGCAAUAACCGUCGACUCGUCAUCCAGGCUCGAAAGCUCAGUAAACCUUCACGAUCCCGGUCUGAGCAGUCAUAGCCUCCGUAUGUGCGCGUUCUAUAACAUGGAUUCAUGGGAAGAAUGGCUUUCAUGGUUCCCUGAAGGUCUCGAUCCCCAUGGUCAGGACAGUAUCGAUACUCAGACCCAAAUGAUCAUGGACAAUCCCGAAAGGAAUGACAUCUGGGAUUCCGAAAGGGCAGAUCGGGAGUACGAAACCAAUAUUGAGAACUAUUUGGAGCGAAAUUGGAAUGGUUCUCCUGCAUGGCGUUACCCCAGCUUUGAAAAGGACUGGUGUACCGAUUGCCGACGGAUAGGAUAUCGGACUGGGUGUGACCAAGACUGCGAGCUGAUGGAUGGUCCUUACUAUGGAAAGUAUUGGGAUAUUGACAAAGUUUUUGCUGCUGAUUUUACGGAUUCUGAUAUUUACCAAUGGGAUGGUCUCGAUUGUAGCUUUGAGGGAAGCUGCAGACAAGCUAGCAUUGAUCUCGACUAUGGUGUACAACCAAACUACAGCCAAGAUAAUUCACAAAUUGACGCCAAACUUAUACUUCGUUUUAAUCUCCUCUCCACCGAUAUGCCGGCAUCACCGCAGAUGUCGGCCGACGAGGGCUCGCUCACCGGAGCGGCCCAGGGUAUGUUGCCCCCCUCCUCUGAUAACGGCGCGCUUGGUGGCCACCUUCCGUCAAGCUUCAAUCCUUGGUGGGGUCCAGAGUGGUUGACUUGGCUCCUCGUUGAGGAACCCAACGACAUUGCUGUGGACCCAGUCGAGCGAUGGAAGCGGCUGUUAUUCCUCCUCGAGUAUGGUGACUACGCGGCUCGGGUUUGGAACUUCCUGUUGAGGGCGUCCCGAGCGCUGCGGUUUCCCAUCCACAAGUCAGUCAUCCGCCUGAUCGAUGAGAUACGUGACGCAUCUCUCGAUCAGGGCCUGGAUAUCGACCUUGAGAUGGCGAAACUGGCAAUUCUGGUCUAUAGCAAGCGGAACCUCACUUGUCACGCUAGGAUAGGGGAGAUAUCGAACUCUGCCCCGUUGAGGAGAGAAAUCGAGAGGGCCAAAUCCCGACUCCGCGAGGUCCUGCCAAGUGAACAGUUCCGCAACUAUAGUGCCUGGCAACGGAUUCUGGCCUUCUAUGGAAGUACCCAAGACUACCCACAUUUCAGAGACGGCGCUGUCUCUGACACGGUCUUGCCCGAGCCCGACCGCAGACACCAGCCCGACAACGCAAAGCGCCUUGCGUUCGAGAAGAGAGUAUUCGAUGAUCGCCUUGACGCGACUUUCCAGACAAUCAACGAGCGGAUCCCGGUCACCUUUCGUCCUGUUCCCGGUCAAACGCGGACGAAGCAUAGCGUGUCGGAUCCGCUCCCUUACGCUCCUCGGAAAAGGCGUGCCAUUGGAUCGCCGGACUCCGAGGAACGUACCGAUGGAAAGCCUGCCGCCUUGCCAUUCCCCACCGUGGCCUUUGGAAACGUGGAGGAUGCCUGUAUAUAUCAAGAGAUAUACAGGGAUCUCGAAUACGUCUUUGGCAAAGACCGGACAUCGGGCCGGAGGGCACUCGAGGAGGCACGGAAGGUGGUCCGCCAAGCGCGGGCUAACGUUGAUAGGUCGAAGAGGAGGGCGGGGGGUCUUCCGGGCUGA